AAGCUGUCGUUUACUUUUACUUUUAUAAUAUUUGAAAUCAUAGAAAGGAUAGAGAAGCACAAUUAAUGGAUCGAUGCAGUGCUCCAUUGACCUGAGAAAUCGUUAUUUAAAUAACAGGUAGAAAAGUUAGUGUUCGUAUUAUCUGAUUGUAACUUGUUGGUGGACAGCGAAAGCAAUAUUUACUUUGUCCCUGCACAUUUUCUCAUGCAGGCCAUAUGGCUAUUGCUUGCCACCGUAGAAACUGCUACAGUAGUAGUGGAAAAGUUGGCUGGCUUUGAAUAGCCUCGGCCUGUAUUGUUGCUUCCUUCUUUACGUGUCCCCUUUCCGUCUGUCAGUGUGUGCCUAUCAGAGAUCUUCCCGUUGCUUUCAGUCACAGAAUCCUUUACGCACAGUGUCGAAGCCGUCCCACCGGCCUAAACAAGAAACGCUUUUCUAUAUCAACUUGAACUUGUGAAAAAUUAUUAUCCAGAACAAGCUCUGUUUAGCUUAUUGUUGCAACUUAAUUUCUGUGCACAAUUGUCGAACCGUAUGGCUACGCAAAAUAUAUGCACGCCUCACGUCAUGCAUAGUAAACUAUGAACAUGUGUCAAGAUCUCGUUGGAUAGGCAAAGAGCAAACACCGUCGUGGAAAAUGGCUAGUUAAAAGAUUAAUGCUUUUUUGUAUCCUGUAUCUAUCUAUAUAAUAUUCAACCAAUUGUCAUAAAAGUGUACUAAUGUUGCUGCUGAUUCAUUUUUGAGAACCAUAUGAUACGUACCUUAAGGUAACGGUAAACGGCAUAGUCCUGACAGUGAACACCGGUAUAAUUGCACGCAGAUGAAAUAAUCGAUGCGUACACAGGAACUAGCAGCUGAAAGGUCCAUCACACUAAAUAAAGGAAACGACUAUAUAUACUAUAUAUACAUACGAGCCUUGAAUUAAAAGUGUGACCCAUUAAAAUUUUUUACUUACCACUCAUUAACGUAGCACUUACGUGCGGAUCCGUUUUCCUCAUGGAAGAAAAGUACUUUUGCAAUCUUUUUAUUAUCCAUCAUCCUAUUAGAAAUGGAUUGGACUUUAAACAAUCCAUGGAAUGAUACUUAUUUGAUUUAAUGAUUCAGCUAUUAAGCUUGUUUCAUAUUUAAGCAAACAUAGUUUUAGGUAGCGUACAGUGCAGCUCUGCAGAGCGUUAUUAAAUUUGGAGAGGUAUGAAGAAAGUUGUUGUUGGAUUAUAUUCUUCAUACAUCCGAGAUUAAAUUAGGAUUACUGAAAAUCAAAAAUGUGCAGUUACUGACGAUAUGUGACUGAUAUCGGCGAUACCUUCGAUUUUGUAAUUUGCAGCAUCUCUAUACAUGUCAUGGUGCCCAAUCCAUACAUGAUGUCUACAUGAACCCAGACCUAAGCACAUGGUACUUAGGGUUUAGUAGAUGAACGUCCCACAAUACCAGGGAAAUAUUUAACAGUGAAGACUAAGCUACAUAAUGCGUUAGUCCUUAAUUUUUAGUCCUUUAGAUGACAAAGGCCUCGCAAAUCUUCUACUCGCAUUGCUGUGUUGUAGGCUGAAAUUUUACGUCCUCCUGAUAUCUUAGUGGGUAACGUAUUUGUUUCGUAGUAUUAGGGACACGUUGUGGUCUAGGUUCGAAGCCGGGUUCAGAUACACGCUUCGUUUCGUACUGAGAGCCAGCUGCCUGAGAUGAUACCUAACGGCGAUUUCAAACGUAAAACUCGAAACAGCGGCUAGAAUUAUGAUAGUAGUAAUAAUCAUAAUAAGAGUAAUGAGAACGAAGAAGAUUUAGCUGUUAGGCUUCCGCUAAUUUAGCUGUUUUUCGACAUUAGUAGAAGACGACAAUUUGCAUCGCUUAAACGCAGGAAGUACUACCUUUAGGUAGAUACGUAAUGUCCUGGUACUGACCUGCUGCCUGUACUUGCAAAAUGUUCACAUUCGUGACCAUUAGCCAUAUUCAACCUAACCCAGCUUACAACAUACAGUAUAAAAGUUUGUACUGCGAUCCAUUUUCACCAAAAAUAAAGACGGUAUACUUUGUCUCUGGUACGGUUCAAACUCGAUUUUAUUUUGUAUGAAAACCAAAGGGAUAAAAACAAGUUAACCAGCUUCAUUAAGAUAGAUACUAGUUCCACUAAGAACAGAAAACGAGAUUGUUUCCGACUAGUAAUGUAAUAAUGGGCAGCAAUUUUUUAGAACUUCACGGUUACUUGUUAUAUGGCUCUGAUGUUGAUCCAAAAUUUGUUCAAAACGGUCCUUUAUCAAAAACAUAAUGAAAAGAGAGCGAGAGAUUUCACGCAGUUCUAUUAGAACUAUUCUGUUCUAUUUUCACACGCCUUAGGAGACACGGGCUGUUGUGGAGCCGGGACGUAAUGAAUUUACUUAAGCAUCCAGCGACAGGAAAGCUACUUCAGACUCGAAUCAGUUAGUAAAUUUAAAGUAUGCCCAACUAGAGGCGGCUUGAAAAAAUUCGAAUGAGAUCACGGUGCAAGCAGGCUAUGGGUUGCCUCGAAACCAUUGUAACUUUUAAACUGAUGGCGUUUUAAAAUACGCUUUAGGCAAGUUGGACCUAAGGAAGAAACAAUUUAGUACGAUUACUGUUUAAGAGAUGCAGAUCGCUGAGACUCUAGAAACAAUCUCUUUGGAAAAUAUGUAUGAAUAUAUCUAUGGCAAGGGGGUGUGGCUGAUCAGCAGCGCAAACUGAGUCCGCAAAGGUCUGCAAAUUGCAAAAAAAAAACUUAUUGGGUGCACCAUUCUAAAUGCUUAGCUUGCUAUUGACGGGGGAAGCCUAUACAAUAACUGCGAAGACUUCGGAAUUGAACACCUUGUACGCGGACUCAUAUCUGAUAGAAGUCGCGGGCGUAGAGCCCUUCCUAAGCGUCCCGCUGUUCCCCAUUUGAGUGAUGCAUGGAGCAGGCCCGGCGUUUAGCCUUGCAAAAGUCGCUAUCAGGGAAAGGCGAAAUUAUGUCCUUGUUCUGUUUGUAAUUGAUAUUAUGGAAGGUACGCACUGUAGUCGUUGCGCCUUAUGCGCCAGAAGCCAUUUUCCAAUUCACGAUGCGUUUGUUUUCAGAAGGAAUGUUCCAUAAUGCUUCAGAAUUGUUGCGAGCCGCAACAGAUUAACCAGACCAAUAGAUAAGUUGCUAUCGAAAUCAAACAAUGCUUUUGAGGAUAGAGUUGUAUUUGGGAGCUUUCGGUUGUGCGAUAGGGUCGAUACCAAGACGAGAAUGUAAGUGGUUGUGGUGUUUGGUAUUCUAAGCACCUCCGCUCGAGGGCUCGCUUCUACGCAUGCUGUGAAGUAGGUCAUGUGUCUUGUAGACGGGUCAUGCAGAUUAUUGCAAAACUUAACGAAAAGCAUAACGAAACGGUCCGUUUAUUCGCUGAGUGAGAGACAGGGCAUACUGAGCUUGAUGAAGGCUUUUCGCCUCGUAUGGAUUUCGAGCAAUUGCAUUUGCUAGACGCGCUUCUCCGUCUGCAAAAUUUCAAAUAGGAGAGACCUCAUGCGUCACCUCUAGUGUUUCAUUGUCUGCCUUUAUUUGAAAUGUGAAUUGACGAAUCUAUUAUGCAUCGUGCGGAUAUUGAGCUCCGAAAUUGAUCAACAGCUUCUAGAUUGAGAUGUGCCAUGGUUUUUACAAGCGAAUCAAACGGACAAAGAUUGGGAAGUUGUUUCCAACCACCUAGCUUAAAAUAGGUCAGUCAUAAGCUGAAAAUGAAUAGCGUUUGGGUCUUCGGUUAUGGAAGCUUAAUAUGGCGUCCGGGCUUUGAUUACGAAACUUCGAUGGUAGGAUAUGUUAAGGGAUUUGAGCGCGUCUUCUACCAAGGAAACGACAAGCACCGAGGAUCGCCACAAAGGCUUGGCCGCGUCGCCACUAUGUUAAAGAACGAAUACUCUGUAGUUUGGGGCCGGGCGUUUCUUGUGCAGUUGAAUAGUGACAGGUCGCGUCCAGGAAACUGCCCGCUUGCUUACCUUGAUACCCGGGAGUCAAAGGAAGGUGGUUACGUUACCUUGACAACGGCGUUUUAUCCCAGGGCAUUGCAUCAGGCCCCGUUCACAGCUCGUGUCUACGUCGCGUUGCCUUCUAAUCCUCUUUACCUCGGCCCAAAGUCCUACCCGGAAAUGGCGCGAGAAAUUGUUCAAAGUCAAGGCGAGUGCGGUCCAAAUGUGGAGUAUGUAUUAAAUAUAGCCGACUUUAUGCGGGAGGAAGUUUUCGGUAUUGAUGAUGAGCAUCUCUUCAUGUUAGAAAUGCACAUCCUCAUAGAAUUAGCUAACCGGGCAGAAGAGGAGCAGAGCUUUCAAGCGCAACUGGAAAGGAAACAUUCCUGGUGCUCAAAACUGGCUAUAUGCAAUUCUCUGCAAGGAUCCAGGGAAAGCCUGUCAGAGAUAGCGAGUGCAUCCGGGGCGUCCUCUAGCAAAUAUGGAGCAAUAAAAGGCUCUUCACAUGGAGAAACUUCUGAAGAUUUCGUGUCCAACGUGGCCGCGAGAAAACUACGUUGUGUCGAUAUUUAACAAGACUUUUCCAAUUUUUCGCUGCUUCCUGCUAGGGCGAUAGAAGGAUGGCGACUAUUCUAUCCAUGGUGUAAUGUUGUGCUGUUCCUCGUUCCUACGUUACCCAUGUCUAAAUUUUGUGUGUAAAUGUUCCACAAAUGGCGCUCAAGCGCUUUACGGCUUUGUUAUAAGGCCCUGUUGUUUCUCGCAAUUUGGUCCUUGUGCCAAUGGCGAGGAAUAUCCGAUGCUGCAUGUAUUCAGAUCGCAGUAUUUAUAUCUAGAUAGAUAUGUACACGUAUAUAUUAGUAUUGAUAUUAAUAUGAAUAUUAACGAGAUUUAAAUACGUUCUUUUAUAAUCGGCGAACAGCCCAAAGUAAUUGUUUCCAGUUGUCACGACUGAUGUUUUUUUUCUAUGUAAUUUGCUGCUGCAUAGCUGAACGCGAAAUGAUAUAGUCUCCGUCUCAGAAAUGCAGGAAGAGUUUUAUAACCUAGUAGAAAUCAUGGUAUGAUAUCUGGAAUGCCAUUUACAAAAAAUGUGUUUUUUACGUUUAGGAAUAAAACGCAGUAGACGAUGUACAUUGGUAUUGUUCGACUGCCGACGAAUGCGAAGUUCGAAAGUUGCUACGCUUGUGCAAUUUUGAUAGAAAAAGCUUUGAUUUUAUCAAAAACCUAUAUAUAUAUAUAUAUAUUAUGUGAAGAUUUUUAUCCAGCUAUUAUAGUAUCACAGUUUGGGAUCGAUUGUCAAUCUGUCUAUGCAUCUUCAUGCAUAUAUAUUCUGCUUCAAUGUAGCAAAUAUUUUGAUCCGAACAUUUGCCAGCCAAAGUUUAUUAGACAAGACCAUUCCAGUUCUAAUAAUAAUGAAACUACUUAUUUUAAUAAAAUAGAAAUAAUCACCAAGGCAUAUAAAGUAAUGUAGUGAAAAUUUAUAGUAAUAAUAAAUAGUACCUAGUAACAUCA